UGUCAUACUAGUAACUAGUACCUAGUAAAUGGGCUCCCAAAGGCCAAGCCCUACCUAAAUCAUGUGAUCAGACAAGAUGUGGCGUUAACUACAACAUGUAGUGGCGUAAAAAGUUCGGAAAGUUCGGCGUGUUGGAGUCCUUUAGGAAAAGUGAGGCUUGGCAUCUACCUAAGACCUGCGGCAUUCAUUGCUUAAUCGACUUCUUUGCCCCGCUCCUAUUCAAACAACGGUCCAGAGGAUCUUCGAUCUUCGGUCUUCGGCAUUCCUCUUUACCCAUUGCUCACUUCAAGUUGCCAUCUUCCAACAGCUAAAGAAGCUUGCUAACUAAUCUCGUUGGAAUACUGCCCUUGACUGCCCUGAAUGCCCUGAAUGCCCUGAAUGCCCUGAUAACCCUUUAUACAGUACUGCCCUUCACUGAUUUCUGCACUGAUUUCUGCACUGAUUCUGCGCUAAGGUCCACACCCUUGAUCGGCUUUUGUAGCCUGAUCCUAGGUUCUAUUCGUUUAUUGGAAUCCUCGGGCUUUGUGGUUGAGGUGGAAACUCUAAGCCCAAGUCCAACGGGUGUGAGUUUAGCUCGACAUAGCAAAUCGGCGCUCAUGUCAUCGGAACAAGACAUCAAUCAGGUUCCUAUUCAGGACCUGACCCCUGAACAAGCUAGUCAUAUUAUUCACUCUCACCGCAAAGUACGAUAUGGUACGGCAUGCUGGCCAUGCAGACAGCGUAAGGUGAAAUGCGACAACAAGCAACCCUGUGAAAAUUGCGUCAAAAGAGAACAUCCACAACUAUGCUCUUACAAACCUAAUCGUUCAAGUGCCUCCAAGCAGGCCUCCAUAUCAGCUGAAGGAAAUCAGGGGAAGAAAAGGGCUCAUUCUCCCGAUAGUAUCAACAAUGACCAAGGCAGCGAUAAUCAACCCGAGGGUUGGACUCAGGCAAUAGACGAGCCCGAGACUAUAGAUAUCUCACGCUACGUCGGUCAAAAUAGUAUUCCUGCGCUAUUGCGGGAUCAACCAUCUCCCAUAGAAACCAAAGAUGGUGUUGACAUACGCCGUGAUAUGCGUCCAAUACUUGGGCUCGAUAAUUCUGCACCUUUCCCCCUCAUGUCGUCAAAACACCUCAGUCAGCUGACACAGGACAUCUUCUCGGAACUUCCUUCUGAUCGAGAAGUAAUGAUUUUGUUCAGGGCCUAUAAAGAGAUCGCGCACCCAUUUUGGGGCUUUGUCAUUGAUAUUGAUGACUUGGAGUCUCGGAUAAUGAUCUAUCUCGAGGAGCGGGCGAAAAAUGCUAGGGAACACAGCAAGUCGAAUCGGCGCGUGUCUGCACCGUGGUUGGCCAUCCUCUUCUCUGUAAUGGCAGUUGGCUCACAGUAUCGUGACUCACCAUACCAUAUUCGGACACGAGAUGCGCAGAGAUAUGUUCAGAUUUCUUUCCAUUUCCUCCGCCUGGGAAACUUUCUAUUGCGACCGAACCUAGAUUCAAUUCAGGCACUCCUAUUGACAGGUUUCUGUCUUCUCAAUGACAUGAAAGCCGAGGCUUCUUGGGCAUUAAUAGGUAUGACUUGUAGGUUAGCACAGUCGCUGGGCCUUCAUCGUGCUGUGACAUCAGACGAAUCUGGCUCGACUGAAAUAUCGCUCAAGACAUAUGUGAGAAGAAAACUAUGGUGGACUUGUCUAUGGCACGAUACGUUGACGUCGUUAUCUUUCGAUCGCCCCAACAUGACCAAUAUCCAGUGCUGUCCACUUCCAUUAUCACCAGGCUCUGCAGUGGAAGGAUUGUCGUAUCUUGAAGCGAUGUACACUCUUUGCCAAAUCAUAUCGCAGAAACUCAACCCAGAUGCCACUGCUGAUUACUCUUACGAAACUAUUCUCGAGAAUUGCGACGCCAUCGAGUCCAUUCGCGAGAAAGUUUAUCCUCAGCUGCGCAGCAAAGAAGCCUGCAAAAGCGUAGUCGAUAAACUCCAGCACUACGCCGUACGUUUACAUACCGCAUUUGUAGUAUCUGUAUGCUGUCGCCCAGCCCUUCGCCGAGACUGCACUAGCCUAGGACCAAAUGAAAAGAAGGCACUGGCCGAUAAAUGCAAGACAAAUCUGACUGAGACAGUGCGAAUGUUUCUGUCAAUGCACCAGUUAUCAUUCAUACCGACCAGAAGUUGGGCUUUUACUUAUCACGGCCUUUCUUCUGCUGUUCUUCUCGGCAUUUUGUGCGAGACGAAGCUGGACCCUGAAGUCCGUCAGCUCCAGGGAGAUUUGAUUUCGGCUCUAUCGGCGGCGGCGGCUAAGGAGCAAACAAGCCCCACCCCUGAAUAUAUUCCUAAAAUUGAUAGAGAUAUCGAGUUGUCGGGGCCUCUUUCGAGAGCAUUAGAAGCACUUAAAAACAUAUACGAUUAUGGAUCUCUUCAUGGAGCAUCUGGUGUUAAGAGCGAGAGCGCAUCUGGAACUCGCACACCAACUGGAGCUGCCAUUCAACAAAAUAUCCCAAAUUUAAACCAACAAUUCCGCUUACAGCCUGGAUAUGACAGACAUCAGGAUGCAGCUCUUGCCAUGGCAGAGCUACAGAAUGGAAACAAUAUUGCGGAUUACGCAACAUCGAUGCCAUACCAACCGCCGAUGCAACCGUCCGUUGGGCUAUCAGACUUGGGCCAACUAGAUCCCAAUGCCUUAGCUCCAAUGGACCUUUACGAUUCUAUCUUCUGGGAAUCACCAGACCCUUUCUACGCAGGCGCUGAUAUGAAUUUCGACUUCCUCCCACAAGCUCCUCCGGGACAAUCUCAACAACAAUUUUACUUUUAGGACGGGAUUGUCUAGCACAUGAUCUCUGAACUAGGUGGCCACCCCAAUCCUGAUUGUCUAUCCUCCUUAAAAACACAUCGAAG